AUGAAGCAGAAUUUCGGUGUGGUCCGAGUCGAUACCGGACGGGCAGUCCUCAGGGGAAUCCCUGUACCUCGCCUGCAGGACGACUAUAUGAUCGUUCGCCCUGUAACGAUAGCACUAAAUCCAACCGAUUGGACUACCCUCGACGCUCCCGGUCAGCCUGGAUCCAUAGUCGGCUGUGAUUACGCUGGAGUGGUGGUGGAAGUCGGUAAAGGUGUCAAAAGAAAUUUCAAGCCGGGUGAUCGGGUAGCGGGAUACGCGCACGGGGGCAACGAUGCAAAUCAUGAGCACGGAGCAUUUGCCCGGUACAUAACGGUCAAAGGCGAUACGCAGUGGCAUAUCCCCAGUGGUGUUAGCUUCGAAGAUGCAAGCACUGUCGGUGUCGGGCUCACUACCUUGGGUUAUGGUCUAUACAAAGUUCUUGGCUUGCCGUGGCCCGAGGUCACUGCUCCGCCUCAACACGGGGAAGUUCUGAUCUAUGGUGGGAGCACAGCCACGGGCGCUCUUGCAAUCCAAUUUGCGAAGCUAUCUGGUUUCAAGGUCUUGGCCACCGCAUCCCCCAAGAACUUCGAACGGGUGAAAACCCUUGGGGCCGAUGCGGUGUUUGACUACCGAGAUCCAUCUGUGGGCAAGCAGAUCCGGGAGGCGACGCAGAACCGGCUAUCCCAGGUCUUCGACUGCGUCUCGACAGAAGAGACAGCCGCCAUCUGUGCAGAUGCAAUAGGCUCAUCUGGCGGCAAGUACUGCACUCUUCUCGGCCCUAAAUGUCCUCGAUCCGAUGUCGAAACGACCUUCUUCCUUGGAUACUCUGUCAGUGGCGAGGCGUAUAUCUUUGAGGGCGAGAGCUUCGAAGCAGAUCCAGAUCUUUUCGAGCACGGUGUCAGGUUCGUAGAAGCGACAGAGGCGAUUUGGUCGCAGGGAAAAUUUGUGACGCACCCGGUCAGACUUGAGAAGGGUGGUUUGAGAGGAGCGCUGGAGGAGGGCCUGCAGAUCUUGCGGGAAGGCCGGUACAGCGGGGAGAAAUUAGUGUACCGUGUUGAAGAGACGGACUGGCCAACGUCUUAG